UCGAUCUUUGGAAGCGGCACGGGCAGGCCUCUUUUUUAUGUAUGAAAAAGAAAUAACGCGCUCACGCGUAAUGUCGGUGGUGCUAGUGCAUUAAAACAUACAAGAAAACGAUCUGUGCGUGUAUCGUUUGCAAUAUUAUGUCGUUUGUGUGCUUAGUGUAAGUUACUCAGCUACUCAAUAAGUGAAGUGAUUUUGUGCUGUGACAAUAAUUUAUCGACUUAUCGCUUCUUGGACUAAGCUGCCGGUUGUGCAUGCAUCUAAGAGGCGUGUAGGUGUAUCGGAGAUUGCGUUUACGAAUUUCUGAACGAGCGGACGAGUGCAAAAGAUGGCCGACACCGACACAGAGACGACGCUGCCGAACGGCAACGCAACGCUGUCCGCGGAGGAGGAGGAGCGGCUAAAGCAGCGGCCGGCUGAUAUUGAUGCUGAUGUUCGCGAGAUGGAGCGACGCAAGCGCGUCGAAGCGCUCAUGUCGUCGAAACUGUUCCGCGAGGAGCUAGAGCGCGUGCUCGACCAGCAAAUGCAUGAGGGUGGUGACGCGCCGCUGCUGCAGAGGAUCCGCGAGAUGGUGGGAGGACGGCUGCACACGGGCAGCUUGCGGGGGCCAACUUGUGUGCUCCCCAUCAACGACAUCCGAGGUAUCGAGGGAGUCGGUUACGAGAAGGGAGAGAAGAUCCUCCGCUGCAAGCUCGCUGCGGUCUAUCGUCUGGUUGAUCUCUUUGGUUGGACGCAGAGCGGCUUCAGCGGUCAGAUCACCGCUCGUCUGAACACCGCGGUGGAACAAGUGCUGACCACACCACGUGGUAUCCUCCCCCACGAGGUCACCGCAUCCUCGCUGGUGAAGGUCGACAUGCAGGGGACUGUCGUCGACCAGGGGACGACCAACUUCCCUGUUAAUGUUGAGGGUUUCUCGCUCCACGCCAGCGUGCACGCCGCCCGACCGGACAUACGCUGCGUGCUGCACUUGCGCUCGCCGUCCGCGCUCGCCAUAUCGUCCACUAAGCGUGGCUUGCUAGCGCUCUGCGCUGAGGCGGCCACGCUUGGCCAACUCGCGUACCAUCGGGUACCGCUGGGCGUCCUCGACAACGAGGAGUGCGAGAAGCUGGUCCGCGCGCUGGGCCCGCACUCGAAGGUGCUGAUGCUGAGCGGCGGCGGCGCGCUGUGCUGCGGCGCGACGCUCGAGGAGGCGUUCUACCAGGCGAAGAACCUGAACACCGCGUGCGACGUGCAGCUGCGGCUGGCCGCCCUGCCGCCCGACGAGCUCAGCGUGCUGGACGACGAGACCCGCCGCCAGAUAUACGAGUCGACCCACAAACCGCCCGCGGACGAGAAGAAGUGGCGCGUCGGUGGCGAAGAGUUCGAGGCGCUGAUGCGCAUGCUCGACAACGCCGGGUUCCGCACCGGGUAUAUAUACAGACAUCCGCUUAUUAAGAACGAUGUGCCACGACCCAAGAACGACGUGGAAGUGCCUCCGGCCGUCUCCUCGCUCGGUUACCUCUUGGAGGAGGAGGAGCUUUAUAGGCAAGGCAUAUGGAAGAAGGGCCACGGCAAGACUGGAGAGCGCACGCGUUGGCUGAACACGCCGAACGUCUAUCAGAAGGUCGAGGUGCUCGAAACCGGUACAGCCGACCCGAAGCGGAUCACCAAGUGGGUCGACGCAAACAACGAAGAGUGGGUGCAAGACGGCUCGCCCGCGCACUCCGGCACGCCCGUCAAGAUAGACACGCUACAGUUUGUGCCGAAGAACACGAACCCGAAGGAGUUUAAGCAAUUGCAACAGCAGAUCAAAGAUAAUCGUCGCGCGGACAAGAUAAGCGCCGGUCCGCAGUCGCACAUACUCGAGGGUGUGACUUGGGAUGAAGCUGCCAAGCUGGUUGGUGAAGAUGCCGCCAACACGCACACUGGGGACCAUGUGGUGCUAAUGGGCGCCGCGUCCAAGGGCAUCAUCCAACGCGGCUACCAGCACAACGCGACAGUGUACAGCGCGCCUUACGCGCGUAAUCCGUUCGACCACGUGACCGAUACCGAGAUCGAUGAGUACAGACGCACCGUGGAGAGGAAGCAGAGGAGCGAGUACGACACCGACCUGUCCGAGUCGGAGGCGAUCAGCGCGGCCCAGGUGACGUCGCCCGCCAGCCAACCCUCCGAGACCGAGGAGGAGUCGCGGGAUGAACAUCGCGUCUUAAGAAUAGAAACUAAGCAAGUGCCAGUUAGAAGCCAGCCAGAAGUGGUACUGAGCGAUGCGGAAACGACCGAUUUCUUGUCCGCCGAACGUGAGCACGCCGACAGGACUAGAGAUCGCGACCCCAACCUACUCUCCGAUGACGAAGUCUUCCUCGAUUCGUCCUCCAUCCCCUCGGGCGUGACGUCACCGAGCCUUUCCGUGAUGACGUCACCGAACUUGUCCGUGGUGACGUCACCUAGUGCGUCAGUCGUGUCGCCGCCACCGCAAGAGCAGCACGUGAUCGUGCGAGCGCAGUACAUGCCCGUACAGCACAGUGUGGGAGGUGAGCACACCCUCAACGGCGACCACUCUGACGCGCAUCAGAGCACCUUCUCGCAUAGCAGUAAAGAGGGGUCACCUUCAAAGGAGGUCUCGACGGAAGACUCCCCCAAGAAGGACAAGAAGAAGAAGAAGGGCCUCCGGACGCCCUCCUUCUUGAAGAAGAAGAAGGAGAAGAAGAAGGACAAGUCUAGCACGCCGCAGCCAGCUUAGAGAUAAAAUUGACAAACUACACUGCCAUCUCGCUUUCAAAAUACUUGUAAUGUUAAGGUUGGAUCCACAACACAGCCGAUAAAAUGAGUUUUGCUUGAAUAUUCCCAUUUUUUACGUGUACCCACCUAUUUGGCGGCAAAAAGGCUGCGCCUAGGGCAUCGCUUGCGCGCCUUGGAACUGUAGCGAUUUUUGUAUUUUAGCAUGGCAACACUACGUCUAUAGUCUGUGGUGGCAAUGACAGAUGUCAGUUUGACAGGUGACAGUUUGUGCUGUCAUUUAAUGAUGUGUCAGAUUGCAAAAAAUUAAAUUUUUAUGAACGUAAUGAACUACGAUAAUACUACAAUAAAAACUCUGAUGCCAAUUUAGGUCUUUUUUGACCAAAUCAAAAUAUCUAUAAAUAAAAAGGUCACAAAAUCGAUAAAAAAAAUGCAAAAACGUGUUCAGUUCCAAGUAGAGUUAGUAACUAAGAGCUAUUUAACGCAGAAUUUUGUAUUUAUUUGAAAUGAAAUGAAAUCAGCGAAUCAAAAUUAAUUCUUAUGACUUGCCAAGCGUCUUAUGAUGUUGAUAUUUUAAAAUUUUCGUUAAAAUAAUUAUAAUUUGAAGUUGUCCGUACAUUUUGAGCGUAAAAUUAAAUACUCAAUGGAAUUCCUAUAUUUAAGAAAUCAUUGUUUUUUUUUUUAAAUAAUUUGAUGGAUUUUAUUUUAACUUUAAUAUAUUGUUGUUACAUAUGAAAUCGUUACUCGAUUCGAAUCAAUCAAAAUAAUCGGACACUUCUUUUGGUGCAUUCUGUACGAUAAUUGUAUUUUUUUAUACUAGCAUGUAAUGCUUUUAAUGUCGGGGUUGCCCCCCUUCGCCAUUCGUGCUUUUAAAAAUGGCCACCCAAUAUAUUCCCGCAAAAAUUUGCGGUCGUGUACUGAGUCGCCAUUACAAAAAUUAAAUAUAAUAUAUUAUAGCACUAUCGAUGUAUUUAUAUUUAAGAUUUUAUCGGCUAGCCUACUUUGGUAGAUUUUUUAAAUUAUUAUUUUUUGUUUAACGACGUGAUUGAUUCAACAUGGCGGGAACUAACCACAGAGUAACGAAACAUUUUUAAUUACGCGCCAUGAUUUGACAGUCCGCCUGUAUUUUACGUACACGACAAAAUAAAAUAAAUAAAUAGUAAAAACAAAUGUCAAACCGCCAUGUUGUAAAAAUCAUUAUAUUACAGUACACAGUAAUUAAUUUGUUGUUACUUCGAUAGUUUUUAAACGAGAAAUUAUAUUUUUUUUUUCAUAUUUUUUACUUUUUUUUUCGUCUGGGUUUUAUCAAUUUGACAUUACCUAGAGUUAAGUCUAGCGUUGUUAAAAUGACAAGUUGAUUUUUAUUAAACCGUUGUAGUAAGACAUUGUUGGACCAUAGAUAAGAUAUGGUACUUUUAACACCGGUAUUGCCAGGUUUAUGAUUUUUUCCCCAUUUUUUUGAUAUUUUUACACUUUAUUUGCUACUUUAUUUUAUAGGAUUUUGUGGUGUUAGCACAUUAUACAGUGUUUAUUUGACUGCUUGCCGGUGUUAAAGGUGCACCUAGUACGGUUCAGCGUUAUGUAUUUACGAUAUAAUAUUAAGGGGCUACUUUAACGUUGAAAGUGGAAAAAAUCGUUUUAAUUCCAUAUUUAACAAAAAAAAAAUUCAUCGAUAAAAAAGUGUUAAUUUUCAAGACUCAGUAAUAUAAGUGUUUACUAAAUAAUUUAGUAUAUUGCUCAUUCAGUAUAAAGGCGUGUGUGCAUGUAACGCGCAAUGUAAACGAUGUUUUUCCAUUUUUAAUGUUUAGGUGUAUUCUGUAAUCUUUGAAAUUAUGACACUGGCAUUCUGUGCAACUUGUGUAUUUGUAUUGAGAUAAAUUAUUAGUUUUA